GAGCCGGGCCGCGGUGAGCCGGGCCGUAUUAAACGAUAUCCUCUUUACCCGCUUUCCCCGUCGGCCUCACCUCUGAAUUCCCUCUCCGAUCUCCGCUUUUAAAAACCUCGGAGGGUUUUGGGCUCGGUGGUCGAGUGGGAUGGAGAUGGAGGUGUCGAGGCCGCUGAAUCUGAGAUGCUCGGUCCAAAAGUACGAUUGGGGGAAGUUAGGCGAGGAGUCGAGGGUUGCGAGGCUUUUCUCGCGGAAUUCGGAGGCGGAGAUCGAGCCGGAGCGGCCCUACGCCGAGUUCUGGAUGGGGACUCACGAGUCCGGGCCUUCGUUCGUGGUCCCGGGCGAGUCGGGGAGCCCUGACUCGGAGCCGGUGACUCUCAGGAAGUGGAUUCUGGACAACCCUGGCUUUCUUGGAGAGAAGGUCGUGGACAGAUGGGGGAGCGAACUCCCCUUCCUGUUCAAGGUUUUAUCAGUGGCGAAGGCUUUGUCGAUACAAGCACACCCAGAUAAGGAAUUGGCGAGGGUGCUGCACAGGAUGCGGCCGAGUAUAUAUAAGGAUCCUAACCAGAAGCCGGAGAUGGCGAUUGCCCUCACCGAUUUCACGGCCCUUUGCGGGUUUGUCAGCAUUGAGGAGCUUAAGGAUGUGCUUGCAGGUGUACCAGAGAUUGUAGAGCUGAUUGGUGAUGAAAAUGCAAGCAAGGUUCUGAAUAUUAAAGAGCAAGAUGGAUACAUGGAAGUAAAAUCCAUUCUGCGGUCAAUCUUCACUAAGGUUAUCUCUGCAAGUAAAGAGGCAGUUUCUGAAUUGCUGUCCAAACUAAAAUGCCGCUUGAAUGUGGAGCAUAAGAUUAGGAUGUUGACAGAAAAGGAACAGCUAGUAUUACUAUUAGAGAAGCAGUAUCCAGCUGAUGUUGGAGUUAUAUCAGCAUUUUUCUUUAAUUAUGUGAAACUUAGUCCUGGUGAAGCGCUGUAUAUUGGUGCAAAUGAACCCCACGCUUAUAUUUCUGGUGACUGUAUUGAAUGCAUGGCUACAUCAGAUAAUGUUGUGCGAGCUGGCCUGACUCCCAAGUACAGAGAUGUGCAGACUCUUUGUUCUAUGCUGACAUAUAAACAAGUUUGUAUUCCUUAUCAUCUUUCCUUGGGCUUUCCAGAAAUUUUGCAAGGGACUCCCUUAACUCAUUACAUUUCAAGGUAUACACCGCCAUUUGAUGAAUUUGAGGUUGAUUGCUGCUUGCUUCCGCUACAAGAGUCUGUGGUGUUCCCUGCCAUUCCCGGCCCAUCUAUUUUUGUUAUUGUAGAUGGGGAGGGAAGAAUGCGGAUGGGUUCUGCAAGUGAUGAAGUAAUGGUCACGGAGGGCCAUGUAUACUUUGUGCCUGCUCAUAGUGAGAUUGGGCUAACUGCUGCUCCUGCUGGACCAUUGCAACUAUAUAGAGCCGGGGUGAACAGCAGAGUUCUUUGAUCGGAUAGCAUUCAUGUUUGAUAUCUGGAUAGGCAGUCGUGAAAGCACAGGCGCGGGGACACACUUGCACACAUAGCCCAUAUGUGCAUGAGACUCGUGAAUCUGUUAGUUGGUUCACUUUGUGUCAGCUGUAGGAGUCUUGCAUCAUUGACUGGUUAUUCAGUUAAUUUCUCAAAAUCGGAUGAGAUUCAAGAGACCAGAAUAUUUAGUUUGAAGCAGUUUUGCUUGUAUAAUUCCUAUUUUUGAACAUAAGUGCUAGCAUGCUGAUAUUUAUUUGGUGGUUCAACAUGGAGGAAAAGAAGGGUUAUAAAUGAAUCACCUGCUUCCAGUCUGUUACUGUCGGGGGAAAAAGAAAUUUGGGCCACUCUUACCAAAAUCAGGCUUAGAUUGGAAAAUUUUGGCCUGUUUUAUAUAUGGGUUGGCAUCUCAAGUUGAUCUGAAAUUAAUGUGGUAUGUUUUUCCCCACUCACUUUGCACGCCCUUGAAUUUAAGAAAUUAAGGUGCUAUCAGAAGUUAUUGGUAUGUAGUUUAUAA